AUGGAACAAGAAUCAUUCAUUGAGCUGGAGGAAUUUGAUGAGAAUGAAAUUAAUAUGGAUGAAACACCGCGCUCAGCGAUACAUUAUCUGCAACAGGUUGCCGUCUCGCGUAAGCGUUGUCCACAGGUAGUGGCCGCUUCAAUCGAUCCUCAGAUUCUGCUCUCUAAUAAAGCGUCCUCGUCGAGUACCUUCCAGAAAGAAGACGUCUCAUCUGUGAAUGCUCCACCCCAGAAAUGGGCUUAUGCUAAGUGCGAUGACUUUUCGUGGAAUCGAACCUUACUUCAAGCGAAACGCGAAAAAUACGAGAAGCCAUCGGAUGUUGUUUUUCCAAAAUUUGGUGAUUUGGAAGGAUGGCGGCGAUUUUGCUUGGGUGACAGAAAGCAACGGUCGUCGAACGUCGAUGCCCAAAAAGGAAAUUCAAUGAAGGGUGGCGGUUAUUCGCCUACGCCGGCGAUUGUUAUGAAUCUAAGCCAGAAUCAAGUGAACUCGCUUGUGCAACAUCUACAACAGAUAUUCAUGGAAGAGGGCUAUUCCAGAGAACUUUUCCAGUGGUUCUACUCAGUGUUGCUGGUAGUCGAGAAACCAUUGCUGCAUGAUGUGUGCGCCUCACUGAGAGCAUUCGCUAAACACUGUCGUUUUUUAAGAUGUACAAUUCCCACUGAAGACAGCAACGAUAACGCAGGCAGCACUAAAAGCACUGCUGAUGCAAGUGAUGGCAUUCGUAAUGAAGAUAAUAUUGCUCUAGCCAACGAAUUCUCAUUAUUCAUUGCUCUCAUUAGCAUAUAUUUUGAGCAAAAAGAUUUAGCUGAUCAUCAGUAA